AUGCUUUCUCUCCUUACUCUUCCGUUCCUUGCUUCAGCCGCCCUCGGCGCCAGCCAUCUCCCGCGUCGCGACUUUCACCACCACCUCGCCCGCGACCUCGCUGCCUCGGCCAGCGUGGCGAACUCGACAGCCUCUGGAAAUGCUAGCGUGGAUAUGAUUGCUGCCGCGUACUUUGCUGGAUGGCACGCCAACAACGCAGCCCAUAACUUCACUCUGGACGACGUGAGCUGGGACAAGUACACCCAUAUGUUAUAUGCCUUUGCGGUCACGGACCCCACUCAGCCUGGGAAUGCGACACUCGCCGCGUCCGACGAGCAGCUUCUCACGCAGCUUGUUACCAAAGCCAAGAAUAGCUCCGUGAAGGCCAUGCUCAGCAUUGGUGGCUGGACCGGCGCCCGUGCGUUCUCUACCAACGUCGGCUCGGAAGCGAACCGCACCACAUUUGUCAAGACUGUCGUAGACCUGGUGAACAACUACGAGCUGGAUGGCAUCGACUUUGACUGGGAAUACCCUGCUACCCAGGGCAUCGGUUGUAAUGCAGUCAGUCCCAACGACACCGCGAACUUCCUCACGUUCCUGCAGGAGCUGCGCGCAGACCCCGUCGGCAAGAAUAUCAUCCUCUCUGCUGCAGUGCCUAUCGCGCCAUGGAAGGACGAGACCGGUUCUUCCAGUACCAAUGUCUCUGGCUUCGCCGGGGUCCUCGACUUCCUAACAAUCAUGAACUACGACGUCUGGGGCAGCUGGAGCAACGCUGUUGGCCCGAACUCGCCGCUCAAUGACACCUGUGCACCUGCCGCGGACCAGAUGGGUAGCGCCGUCUCUGCUGUCCAGGCGUGGACUGCUGCUGGCAUGCCCGCGCACCAGAUCGUCCUUGGUGUCGCCGGUUAUGGGCACAGUUUCACUGUUCCGCCCAGUGACGCGUUCACCUCGGGAGAUGACAACACGCUUGCUGCGUACCCAUCCUUCAACAACACGUCGUUCCCGCUGGGUGAUGGCUGGGACGGUCCUCAGGGCACUGACGUCUGUGGUGUGACGGACAACAACCCCGGCGGCAACUGGGAUUACUGGGGUCUCGUCGGCGAAGGAUGGAUCUUCUCCAAUGGCACCGCUCGCCCGGGUAUCGACAGCCGUUUCGAUGAGUGCAGUCAGACCGCCUAUGUCUACAACCAGACGUCCCAGAUUAUGGUCUCCUUCGAUACUCCCGCUGCGUUUAAGGCCAAGGGCGAAUUCAUUGUAUCGGCAGGCCUCCGUGGCUUCAACAUGUGGGAGGCUGGCGGCGACCUCCAAGACUCCCUUCUCGACUCCAUCAGCGUUGCCACCGGUAUGCAGGAUGGCGACGACGACGAU